CCCUUCGCCGCGUCUUCCUGGAGAAGAAGGUGCUCAGAGGGACGAUCGAGGUGCCGGAUGUGAAGAGCGGGAGAGUGGAGGCUCGGAGCCCGAGGGCGCGUUUCCAUUGGUGACAUCUUGGCGGGCCCAUCGGUGGCACUUCCUCCUUUACACCCCGUGACCCACGUCCGGCCCGCCGCCCUCAGUCACGCGGCCUCUGCCUCCGGGACGCAGCCCCGCGCGCCGGCCUUCCGGACUCCGGACCCGUCGUGGUUAAUAACAAAAGGAGACGCACCUGGACUUUCCCCGGAGCCUUCUGCGUUUUUAAGCGUCGGGUGGAAUUAGGGGUCCUUUGGCUGUAAACCGCGCUUGUUUGAUGAAAAUAGAAAUCAGUCCUGCUCCCCUCAGCGGACAGUUCGUUACCUACCAGGAGUGUCUCCGACUGUGGGCUUCCCCCCCCCGGGUUGUUCUUUAAGCCACAAAAAGCUGCACCCAAGCUUGUUUGACGUCUGUCCUCUCAAGUGUCCAUGAUGCUGGGCCCCGAGGGAGGUGAAGGCUUUGUGGUCAAGCUCCGUGGCCUGCCCUGGUCCUGCUCUGUUGAGGAUGUGCAGAAUUUCCUUUCGGUGUUCAAAUCCCACAGAACCGAGAUGGAUUGGGUGUUGAAGCACAGCGGUCCAAACAGUGCUGACACCGCCAAUGAUGGCUUCGUGCGGCUUCGAGGACUCCCAUUUGGAUGCACCAAGGAAGAAAUUGUUCAGUUCUUCUCAGGGUUGGAAAUUGUGCCAAACGGGAUCACAUUGCCUGUGGACCCCGAGGGCAAGAUUACAGGGGAAGCCUUUGUGCAGUUUGCCUCCCAGGAGUUAGCUGAGAAGGCCCUAGGGAAGCACAAGGAGAGAAUAGGGCACAGGUAUAUUGAAGUGUUCAAGAGCAGUCAGGAAGAAGUUAGGUCAUACUCAGAUCCCCCUCUGAAAUUCAUGUCUGUACAGCGGCCGGGGCCCUAUGACCGCCCCGGCACAGCCAGGAGGUACAUUGGCAUUGUCAAGCAAGCGGGCCUGGAGAGGAUGAGGUCUGGUGCAUAUAGUGCAGGCUAUGGGGGCUAUGAGGAGUACAGCGGCCUCAGCGAUGGCUACGGCUUCACCACUGAUCUGUUCGGGAGAGACCUCAGUUACUGUCUCUCGGGCAUGUAUGACCACAGAUACGGAGACGGCGAGUUCACUGUCCAGAGUACCACUGGGCACUGCGUCCACAUGAGAGGGCUGCCAUACAAGGCCACAGAGAACGACAUUUACAACUUCUUCUCUCCACUCAACCCUGUGAGAGUCCAUAUUGAGAUUGGCCCUGAUGGAAGAGUGACGGGCGAAGCCGAUGUCGAGUUUGCCACUCACGAAGAAGCUGUGGCAGCUAUGUCCAAAGACCGGGCCAACAUGCAACACAGAUACAUAGAACUUUUCCUGAAUUCCACAACUGGGGCCAGCAAUGGGGCAUAUAGCAGCCAGAUGAUGCAAGGCAUGGGGGUGUCAGCCCAGUCCACUUACAGUGGCCUUGAGAGCCAGUCUGUGAGCGGCUGUUACGGGGCUGGCUAUGGAGGCCAGAAUAGCAUGGGUGGAUAUGACUAGUUUUGUGGGAGCAUUUGAGUUACUGCAAUCAUUUUCACAGGCAGCCAACAAGCAGUGAAAAGCAAUUAUUACUCUAGAGGAAGCUGUGGGACCCAUUUUGCACCAUGAGUUUGUGAAAUCUGGAUUAAAAAAUUACCUCUUCAGUGUUUUCUCAUGCAAACUUUAUUCUAGCAUGUGAUAUUGAGUAAACUAAAACUAUUUUCAGCUUUUCUCAAUUAACAUUUUGGUAGUGUACUUCAGAGUGAUGUUAUCUGAGUUAAAGUAGUUUUAAGUACAUUAAAUGGAUCUUUUACACCACAUCACCGUGAAUACAUUGGGGAGACGUGCUUUUUUGGAAAACUCAAGGUGCUAGAUCCCUGAUUCAAAGAGGAACAUUUCUCAUGUUUGUUCAUUCUAGUUUAUUUUCAUUUAAAAUCUUUUAGGUUAAGUUUAAGCUUUUAAAAAUAAGUUAGUUUUGAAAAUUGAGACACAUUACUAAUACUGUAGGAAUUGGUGAGGCCUUGACUUAAAACUUUCUUUGUACUGUGAUUUCCUUUUGGGUGUAUUUUGCUAAGUGAAACUUGUUAAAUUUUUUUGUUAACUAAAUUUUUUUCUUAAAAUAAAGAUUUUUUCACA